UCCAAAAUGUCAAAUUAUUUGUAAACAUGUUAAAUUUGUUUAUAAACUUUCGCCUAUAAUUUUAUGUAGCAAGGAAUCCUUGACAAAAAAUCGCCAUUAAUUAUUUAUAAGGAUAACUACCUGUUCAGUAAUGUCAGUCAAUCAAAACACGCCGAGCAGUAAGUUUAACCAAAAGGAGAAAAAACGGGGUUCGAUGAAUCGUCCUCAAAGUGGCAUCAUCGACACUGACUACUAUGUGGGUUUUCGGUCAGACAUUGAGAAUGAAUCCCUGAGCCCUGCCUAUAAAACUAAAUUACACACGUUGUUUAGACAAAUUGAGAAAGAGUUUGAUCUACUUUAUCAAGAAAAUCAAAAUUUGCACGAAAAAAUAGAUAUAUUAAAGGAGAAAAUUGAAAGGGAUCCCUAUGAUAAACCUGACUGUGUUGAUUUUGAAAACAACUUUUCCAAAGCUCUCAGCAAAAAAUUAAGCACCUCUUCACAAAAAUCCAAAACAGCUCACAAAUUGAAGGCUCAAACAAGCAAAAUAGUUUCAAGUUUUAAAACCCCUAAUUAUAACUGUCAGUUACUAAAAGAAUAUAACGGCCAUAAGGAUGGUGUUUGGGAAGUUUCAGUUGCACGACCUGGAGUCCCUGUUAUUGGUACUGCCUCAGCUGAUCAUAACGCGUGCAUCUGGAGCAUCGACAGCAUGCGCUGCUUGCUGCAGUACCAGGGCCACGCGGGAUCCGUGAACUCGAUCCGGUUUCAUCCGGGCAAAGAUUUGCUGCUGACGGGCAGCGGCGACAAUACGGCGCACAUUUGGCAGGCGGCCCUAAACUGGGACGUUCCGAAAGGUCAUUCUUCAGAAGAAGAACUAGAAGGCGACGAAGUGGACGAAAAGUCCGACUUCAACCGCGUCUCGACGCUACGAACGCCUUUUAUCGAAUUCGCGGGCCAUUCGGGCGCGAUCUCGUCCGCCGAUUGGCUGGCGGGCGCCGAACAAAUAAUAACGGCCUCCUGGGAUCGCCUGGCGAUAAUGCACGACGUCGAAACCGGGCGGAUGCUCACAACUUUUACGGGACACGAUGGAGAAUUAACGUAUGCAGCGGCUCAUCCGACUCAAAAAUUGGCGGUGACAUCGUCAAGAGAUACGACGUUUAGGCUUUGGGAUUUUAGAGAGGUCGCUCCUUUGGUGUCGGUUUUUCAAGGACACGCUGAGACCGUAACGUCUACAGUAUUCACGCGCGAAGACAAAGUCGUCUCGAGCUCGGACGACCGCAGCGUCAAAGUGUGGGACCUGCGCAACAUGCGCUCGCCCGUCUCCACCAUCCGCGUCGACUCGGCCGUGAACCGGCUCUCGGUCUCGGCCAGCGGCGUGAUAGCGAUCCCGCACGACAACCGGCACGUGCGCCUGUUCGACCUGAGCGGGCAGCGGCUGGCCAGGCUGCCCAGAUCCAGCCGGUCGGGGCACAGCCGCAUGGUGGCGUGCUGCGCGUGGGCGGACGACCCCGUCAACGGGAUCAACCUGUUCACCUGCGGCUUCGACAGGCGGGUGUUCGGCUGGUCGGCGCUUUCGAUGAAGGAUUGAGCCUGGCAGGCCUUGAACAGGGUUUCAAACGAUUAGGGUUUUUUUGAUGGUGAGAUGCGGCCAGGACGUUGUUGUUUUGUAGUUUAAGUUAAAAAGUGUUAAGUUAUUAUAAAUACGAAUAUUUUAACGAUUUGUGUUAUUUUUGCAUUAAUAUUACACAUUUUAAACGCUUAAUUGUCAAAAUUGCCAUAUUCUACGUAUACUAUUGUUGCAAUAAUCUAUAAGUUUUAAAUUUCAUUGUUAUUUGUAUUGUACCUUGCAAUAUUUGGAAUUAAAACGUUAUUUGUGAUUUUAUAUCUUCCAUAAGAUGUUUUAUGGUUGUCA